AUGAUUGGCUGCAGGUUUCUGAAGACCAUCUCAGUGAUUCUGUUCCUGAACAAACAGGAUGUUCUGGCUGAUAAGAUUCUGGCAGGAAAAUCUAAGCUGGAAGAUUAUUUUCCAGAAUAUAAAAACUACCAGGUUCCUGUUGAUGCUGUUCCAGAUGCUGAUGAAAACCCCAAAGUGACCAGGGCCAAAUUCUUCAUCAGAGACGAGUUCCUGAGGAUCAGCACAGCAAGCGGUGAUGGUAAACAUUACUGUUAUCCUCAUUUCACCUGUGCUGUGGACACAGAAAACAUCCGCCGUGUCUUCAAUGACUGUCGUGAUAUCAUCCAGCGCAUGCACCUACGGCAGUACGAGCUGCUCUGA